AUACAUUAUUGGUAAAAAAACAAGUGACUGGGUCCAAAAAUCGGACGUGUCCUUGUAUCCAUUCGGGUCUGCUUUCUUUUUUUAUUUUAAAUGACCAGGUCUGUUCGGAUCCGGGUCUGAUUGUCCUCGUUCGGGUCUGGGACUAAUGUUUUGGACCUGUGAAGUAGGGCGUCAUUUGGGUAUGGCAGAGUAUGGCAGUCACCAUAUCCUACCUAGCUCACCACCAACAAUUUAAAAUUGGCAACUAAAAUCAUUCCAAUCCCAAUUAAAAGGCAAAUCCAGUUUAGCGGUAUUAGAGGGCUGGCUUUAGGAACAUGCGGAGGGCUCAGAGCAGGGCGGGAAGGCUGUUUGCCCGGUUAGCUAGCUUUAGGACUAUGGUUAGCUGGCUUUAGGACGAUGGACAGAGAGAGCAUUGACACAGUUCUCCAGAGAACAGUGCAGAUCUGGAAGAUAGCUAGGUUUAGGAAAUGACGCCCCUGCCAUGAAGACCUCAACCCCUGGGAGCUUCAUCCUCAUUCUCCGCUGAAGAAAUGACAGUUUGAUCAGGGAGGUGCCCGGACCCCUUGGACUAAUUAACUCAACAACAGUAGUCCAACAAUAGACCAACUAAAACGAUAGCCCUGAUGGCACGAAGAAUGUUCUCAAAGUGCUGCUGUAGUUGGAGUCUACCUAUCGGGAGUAGGUCAGAAGGCCUAAGAGGUCUGAUGAACUAUGGCCUGUCAUGCUGUGUGAACGCUCUGCUGCAGUCCUUCUCUGCCACCUGGGAACUGGUAGAUCUGCUAAAAGGGUGGAACCCAGUUGACAAGGAGAGUGUCCCUCUGUAUCUGAGGAAGGUGCUACUAGCCAUGCAGAGUGACCAAUCCCAGCCUGCUCCUCAUCAAGACUUCCUGCGCUGCCUGGACAGAAAUUACAUCUGCUUCCAUGUUCAACAGGAUGCAGAUGAGGUAUUCCUCUCCAUUCUAAACCUUAUCCAACAACAGAUGAGUGACAAGGCCUUGGCUCAGGAGAUUCACUCUCUGUAUAAGGUUACCGUGGAGACAUACCUUCAGUGUCUAGAAUGUACAUACAUCGAAACUGGGACCAGCUUUCUACUCAGCCUCCCCAUGCACAUAAGUGAGAGCCAUGACUCCCUGGAGGACUGUGUACGGUUCUUCUUCAAGCUUCAGGAGCUAAGGGAUGGAGAUAAGUGCUACUGUGAAAAGUGUGGAGAGAAGAAGCCAUUCAAACAGGGCUUCAAACUCAUCUCCCUGCCCCCUGUCUUGUGUCUUCACCUGAAGAGAUUCCGUAAUUCCCAUGGUUACACCAGGAAACUACACUACAAAGUCACCUUCCCAGAAACCCUGAACAUUUCUGAGAUCUUGACAGCAGAGGCACUGUCAGAACGUUAUGUACAGAGUGACAGCCAGUACAGUUUGUGUGCAGUCAUAGUGCACUCCGGCGAUGCCAUGUUUGGACACUACACAGCAUACGUUCGUCACAAGGACCAGAGCUGGUACUACGCUAAUGAUAGUUAUGUACGGCAGGUUAGCUGGAAGGAAGUACAGAACACCUAUGGAGGAAGUCAACGAGAAGACACAGCGUAUAUGCUGCUCUACAGACGAACCCCAGAGGGAAAGCAACAGGAGUGGUCCUCAGGCUGACGGAGCUAAAGGGAUAAAGAGUGGAGGCUGGAGACCAAACACAAGGUGCACUCACUGCAGGGUGAACUACCUAUCGGAGGGGUUGUUGUCUUCAUGUAGCAUUGAGGAUGUCAUUUAUCUUGAUGAUUUUCGCUUUAAAAUGAUGGGUAAUGGGUCAUUGUUUAUGUGCAAUUACAUGGAUUUGUUUAAGUAUAUUUGGUGGGGUGUGUAUAUGUUUUGAGGUUUUGUUUAUGCUGGAUACGUUGGACAUUCAUAGGGCAUUACUGAGCUUAGCCAAUAGGUGGAGGCAAACACCCUUCACCCUGUCAUUAGUACAGUCAUCCUGUAAGCUUCAGAGACCACACGUUCUGAAACCACUAUAAGACGGGUGGUUUGAAGAGUGUGCUGAGUUGAGGUAUUCUGGGGGAAAACCUGAAGAAGGCCAUUGACUCAUUGGUGAUAAUAUUUGCCUGACAUGGAAAAUAUGUGACUCACCUUGUUUCAGAACAAUUGGUUUAUGCAGUAGUUACCGGUACUCUGUUCUGUUUCGAUAUCACUACUGUCAACAGAGAAAUAAACUGUAAUUUUUCCAGGUAGCACCUGAAAA